CUCUGUCCCCUUCUUCCUUUUGGCAGGCAGUGUUCAUUGUUGAUUAUAAUUCCUGCAUUGUUUCUGUUUACUUUUAUGCCGAUUUGUCUCUGUAUCGGUUCAUUGAUUCUGAACGCCACCAACAUUUCUGCGUUGUCGAUUCAAUUCUCUCUGUCUCCAUCUCGCUUUUGCUCCUGAAGGUUGACGAGAUGGAGAGUUUGCCGACGACGGCGAAGCCCCAGAGGCGUGGCCGAUCCAAGCCUUCUCAGACCUUCAAGCCUUCCAUAUUUAUGGCAUUCUUCUCUUGUCUUGCUUGGCUUUAUGUUGCCGGAAGGCUAUGGCAGGAUGCAGAAAAUAGGAAACUACUUACUAGCCUUUUACAGAAGAAUGCAUCCCAGAGACCCAUGAUUUUGAGCGUUGAAGAUAAGCUGCAAGUUCUGGGUUGCAAAGAUUUGGAGAGAAGGAUUGUAGAGGUUGAGAUGCAUUUAACAUUAGCAAAGAGUCAAGGGUACCUGAGGAAUCAAUUGCGACAGAGUGGAUCUUCUGACCCUAGCCGCAAGCUCCUCGCUGUUAUUGGUGUUUAUACAGGAUUUGGAAGUCGCCUAAAGCGCAAUGUAUUCAGAGGAUCUUGGAUGCCGAAAGGUGAUGCAUUGAAAAAGCUGGAGGAAAAAGGGGUGGUCAUUCGCUUUGUUAUUGGUCGGAGUGCAAACCGAGGUGAUAGCUUAGACCGCAAUAUUGACAAGGAAAACAGUUCAACCAAGGACUUCUUGAUACUUGAAGGUCAUGAAGAAGCUGAUGAUUUGUUACCUAAAAAGGCGAAGUUCUUUUUCAGUGCAGCAGUUCAAAAUUGGGAUGCAGACUUUUACGUGAAAGUUGAUGACAACAUUGACCUUGAUCUUGAGGGUUUAAUCGGACUUCUUGAACGUCGUCGUGGUCAAGAUGGCUCCUACAUUGGGUGCAUGAAGUCUGGAGAUGUGAUUGCCGACGAAGGAAAACAGUGGUACGAACCGGAUUGGUGGAGGUUUGGAGAUGAGAAAUCGUACUUCCGGCAUGCAUCUGGUUCGCUUGUUAUCCUCUCCAAAAAUUUGGCUCGGUAUAUUAAUAUUAACAGUGCAUCUUUGAAGACUUACGCACACGACGAUGUAUCAGUGGGGGCAUGGAUGAUUGGUAUCCAGGCCACUCAUAUAGAUGAUAGUCGACUUUGCUGCAGUAGCGUUAGCCAAGACAAGGUGUGUUCCGUGGCUUAGUCAAUCCAGAAUUGUGGACAUGCAGCAAAUUUUGAGGUGCUUAAGCAAUUCUUUUGCUACAGUCUUAUGUGCCUGAGUUCACCCCGCCACCGGAUUGCCCUGUUCGGAUGUCGGGACACAGCGAUUUUUUUUUUCCUGGGAUAGUAACAGGUUGACCAAACUAGUAAUACCCUCUUGUUAAUAGUAGAAAGUAAAAAUUAGUCUGAUACAUGUUUAUGGAUAUAUGUUGAAAUAUCACAGUUCUUUCUUCUUUCUCCUUCCUCAUAAACAUUGAUUUUUUUCUUUUUCUUUCUGAAGAGAAUAUCAUUGGCUCCAAAUAAAUUGUUUAAAUUCAGCAUGCUGCUACUGUUAA